CAGGGAAAGGGGAGGAGGAGGUAAGGACAAACACAAUUGGGCUUUUGAAUUUUUUGGGAGAAAGGGGAUUUAAAGUUUCAAAAUCAAAAUUGCAGUUCACUGAACCAGAGGUCAGAUAUCUGGGACAUUGGUUAGCAAAGGGAAAAAAGAAAUUGGAUCCAGAGAGGGUGGCAGGGAUUAUUGCCUUACCACCCCCGCAGACAAAAAGGGAGGUCCAGCAGCUUUUGGGGUUGUUGGGGUAUUGUCGGCAGUGGAUUGAAAGUAAGGGUGACAAGGUGAAGUUUCUCUAUGAGAAACUCACCACAGACAGGAUCAAGUGGACACAAAAGGAUGAAGAAGAGUUUAAGGGGGUCAAGGAGGCGCUCAUGGCAGCUCUAGUGUUGAGCCUCCCUGAUGUCAGGAAACCUUUUCAGUUGUUUGUGGACGCUAGCAACCACACAGCACGUGGGGUGCUGACGCAAGACUGGGCGGGGAUCAGGAAACCUGUAGGGUACUUGUCCUGGCUUUUGGACUCGGUCAGCAGAGGCUGGCCCAGGUGUUUGCAGGCUAUUGUAGCUGUGGCUACGCUAGUGGAGGAAGCUAAAAAGGUGACUUUUGGAGCACCUCUAGUAGUAUUAGCUCCACACAAUGUGCAGGGCAUACUACAACAGAAAGCAGAAAAGUGGCUCACGGAUGCAAGGUUGCUGAAGUAUGAGGCCAUUUUGAUUCAUUCACAGGAUUUAGAAUUGAGAACAACGACUGCGCAGAACCCUGCACAGUUUCUGUUUGGGGAAGUGGCAGAGAAACUAGUUCAUGACUGCAUGGAAACACUCGAGCUGCAAACCAAGAUCAGGGAGGAUUUAGAAGAAGAAGAACUAGAUGAAGGGGAAAAGUGCUUUGUAGAUGGGUCAAGCAGAGUGGUUGAAGGGAAAAGAAAAUCAGGAUACGUGGUUGUGGACGGGUUGACAGGUAAAGGGAUAGAGGCAGGUCCCCUGAAUGCAGGCUGGUCUGCACAGGCAUGCGAAUUGUAUGCGGUUUUGAGGGCAUUGAAAAGACUGAAAGGGAGAAAGGGAACAAUUUUCACCGAUUUGAGGUAUGCCUUCGGGGUGGUUCAUACAUUUGGAAAGAUUUGGGAAGAGAGGGGGCUGAUCAAUACGAGGGGAGAAGAACUAAUGCAUGGGGAAUUGAUCCGACAAAUUCUGGAAGCACUGAGAGGGCCAGAAGAAAUUGCGGUGGUCCAUGUGAAAGGGCAGCAUACAGGAAUUCAGUUUCGAACCAGAGGGAACAAUUUGGCGGAUCAGGAGGCCAAAACUGCGGCACUUAUGGUGACACGGCCAUUUGGACAGCGGAGAAGGGCUGGACACACGCAUCUAGGGUGAAGAAAGCUGAGCAGCAAGAGGAAGCACCUGACUGGAGGGUCACUUCUUCCCCCGGCGACUUGAAAAUCUGACUCCAACGUCCUCAUAAAUGACAAACAAUGAGCGGAUCAAUUGUAUACUGUCAGAUUGUGUAUGCUAUCCGUUCGUGCAUUUUAAGUGUGAAUAUUGUCAAGGGGGUUUUGUGAUUCAUUGCAGAAGGGGGUAGAAGCCGAAAGGACUGUGCACUCAGUGUUUGGAGGAGGAACUCGAAUUGACUGACCGUAUCCUGACCUUAGCCACAAGUCUGGGUAUCAUUGAAUUAGAUUCUCAGGAGUGGUUUUGUAUUUUUCAAAAUGGGGUGUGUGGGAAGCUUAGGUCCCAAGCAGAAAUUCUGGAUGUGGAGUGCCGGAAAUCCAUCAGGGUCCCGUGCAGUUCCGAUGCAAUCAGGGUGUC